AUGGGGUCUUUACCAACAGUCGGUGAAAUGGCCGGUAAAGCCUUUGCCGAUGCUGGAUACAAUGGCCAAUAUUUAAUUGCCGGCUCUACAAAAAUGUACCAUGAUCUUAAGGAAGUCUACAGGCGGAAUGAUAUGAAGAGGAAUGUAGCAGACUUUGUGGCAAGAUGUCCAAAUUGUCAGCAAGUGAAGGCCGAACACCAAAGGCACGUUGGAACCGCAGAAGCGGUGGAUAUGUUGAGCGCUUGUGUUCUUGACUUCAAAGGUAGCUGGGAUUAUCAUUUGUCGCUCAUAGAAUUUGGCUACAACAACAAUUACCAUGCAAGCAUUCAGAAGGCACCGUUCGAAGCUAUAUAUUGUAAGAGAUGUAGAGCUCACAUUGGGUGGUUCGAGAUUAGGGAAGCGGAGUUGAUAGGGCAAGACCUCGUGCAUCAGUCUAUGGAGAAGGUUAAGAUCAAUAAGGAACGAUUGAAGAACUGCUUAGAGUCGCUAGAAGUCCUACUCGGACGCUAUAAUGCGGUUUGGGAUGAAAGGGGAAUUGAGCCCCAGGUAUAUAGGACCGUACAGAAUCAUUUAGAGGAUUGGUCGGGUGGCUACAGGCUUGAGCUACCACCAGAGAUGUCUUUGGUGCACCCGGUGCUUCAUGUGUCUAUGUUGAAGAAGGUGGUCGGAGACUCGUCACUCAUUGUUCCGGUAAAGGCUAUUGAGGUUAAUGGCGAAUUGACUUAUGAGGAGAUUCCAGUUGCCAUUCUUGAUAGGCAAGUCGGAAAGCUGAGGAAUAAAGAGAUUGCCUCCGUGAAAGUGCUAUGGCAAAACCAACAAGUUGAAGAGGCCACCUAG